UUCAGUUGAAUUUCCACCUAGGCUUCAUAUAGUUUAUUAAUACUUUUAAAUGGCUGCCCUAAUUGACAAAUAUCAAAGUUUCUAUGGAAUGAAAAGGAGCCAGAAAUGUUGUUCAGCAGUUCAUGCAGACUAGUUUGUAACAGCGUCACUUUUAACCCUCUCAUUGCCGUUUAUUCAGCAGACAGGACUUGCCUGAAGUUUGUUGCUUUGUCCUUUAAACAGUUAUUGCUCAGUCAGAAACACAAUUAAUACUGAAUAACUGUCAGAUAGUGAAAGUUGAAGAAGUCUUGGAGAAAACGGCAGAAGGACACUCCCUGCACAGUUUGGAUUCUACAGCCAAAGAAAUAAAUAGAGAAAAGCUUCAGGUCACCUGAAUAUAACUUUGGUCAUAAAGGAGCUGAAACACCAAGAUGUUCCUCCUAAAUCAAAUCUUUUUCAGAGGAACAUCUUGGUUCUGAUUGAGCUCAUCAUGGUAAAAUCUUCAAUCAGAUAAAUCCAUCUCUGCUGUUCUUCUGGAGAAUGACCUGCAGGAUGGUCCAAGAGAAGAGUUACAAGCUGCAGAAGAGAACUAAAAGGAAGUAAAACUUUCUGGAAAUGAGUGUAUUUGUCCUUGAUUUGAGCAGCUAAAUCAGAUUAUCUGCCAAUGGAAUGAGUAUUUUGAUCCCUAAAAUAAGAUAAUUAGAUAUACUGACCUUGAAAUAAGAUGAUGGAGAUGAGUUGAUCCUAUAUUAAGAGCUAAAUCGUAUUCAGUUGGCAGAUAAUCCUAUUUAGCUGCUCAGAUCAAGGACAAAAACACUCAUUUCAAUCCAGUUUUACUUGCUUUUAGUUCCUUUUAGCAGUGAAGCUGCAGCAUCUUUGUUCAUCUUUGUGGGCCGCUGUGUUCAGAACCAACACAUCAGAACUUCAGAGGAAAUGUUCCCUCCUUCAUUCACUCUGGAUGUUUCUACAGACCUGGAACAGGAUUCCAGUUCAGACCUGAAAAGGUUUCAGCCUCAGUUUUAGCUUCAUUCUCUGAAGAAAGCAGAACUUCUCCAGAUGGUUCUGAGGAGAUCAGCCAGCAGACAUCAGGAGGUGCAUGAAGUAGUGAAGGAGAGGACAAUCCAGACCCAGAUGGUACCUGCUGAACUCAGGUUCCUCUGGUCCUCUACACACAUGAUGGGAACCAGCUUUCUGCUCUACAGAACACUGACUGGACCUGAACCACUGGGAACUGACUGGUUCUGGUUCCUCUCUCAGGCUGACUGAAGUCCAGGAGAUGGAGAACAGAGCAGAACCUCCAGGACCCAUCAGUCCGUCUAUGAGGAGUGACCGGUCCAAAGGAAACAAUCCAGACUUCAGUGAAGAACCUGGACCCUCAGACUCAGAACCAGGACCUGGACUGCUGGCAGCCAAUCAGAGCAGCUGUGCUCCAGAUCCUGACAGUGAACAGAUACUGGCCACAAAGCAGAGGCACAACUCUGCUGUCUGACCAUCUAACAAGGUUCUGCUUCUAAGGAUGGAUCCCAUUGAUGUUGGUCUGCAGGAGGUUCUAGAGGAACAUAAGAUCAGUCUGAGGAGGAGAUGUGAACGUGUGACUGAAGGAAGUGAUGAACCAGGAAGUAGAACCCUCCUCAACAGGAUCUACACUGAUCUCUACAUCACAGAGGGACAGAGUGAAGAGGUUAAUAGCCAACAUGAGGUGAAGCAGCUGGAGAGAGCUUCCAGGAUCCAGAACCUCCAUGACUCUCCAAUCAGGUGCCACGACAUCUUUAAAGCCUCACCUGACCAACAUGGAGCCAUCAGAGUGGUUCUGACCAACGGCGUGGCUGGUGUUGGAAAAACCUUCUCAGUGCAGAAGUUCACUCUGGACUGGGCCGAGGGCUUGGAGAACCAAGAUGUCCGUGUGGUGGUUCUGCUGUCGUUCAGGGAGCUGAACCUGAUCAGAGGUGAGCAGCACAGUCUUCUCACGCUGCUCCAUGUUUUCCAUCCAACCCUCCAGAAGCUCCCAGCAGAGCAGCUGGCUCGCCACAAACUUCUCUUCAUCUUUGACGGCCUGGAUGAAAGCAGACUUUCUCUGGACUUCAGCCACAGUCGGCUGGUUUCUGACGUCACACAGAAGUCAUCAGUCGACGUUCUGCUGACAAACCUCAUCAAGGGGAACCUGCUUCCCUCGGCUCUGGUCUGGAUCACCUCCAGACCUGCAGCGGCCAAUCAGAUCCCUCCUUCAUGUGUUGCCAGGGUAACAGAGGUACGAGGCUUCAGCGACGCCCAGAAGGAGGAGUACUUCAGGAGGAGGUUCAGUGAUGAAGAGCUGUCCAGCAGAAUCAUCUCCCACAUCAAGACCUCCAGGAGCCUCCACAUCAUGUGUGGAAUCCCAGUCUUCUGCUGGAUCACUGCUACGGUUCUGGAGAACAUGUUGACCACAGAGCAGAGAGGAGAGCUGCCCAAGACCAUGACUGACAUGUACUCUCACUUCCUGCUGGUCCAGACCAGGAGGAAGAAGAACAAGUACCAUGGAGGACAUGGGAGGAGUCCACAGGAGCUGAUGGAGGCUGACAGGGAAGUUCUCCUGAAGCUGGGGAGGCUGGCGUUGGAACAUCUGGAGAAAGGAAACAUCAUGUUCUACCAAGAAGACCUGCAGCAGUGUGGUCUGGAUGUCACAGAGGCCUCGGUGUACUCAGGAGUUUGUACAGAGAUCUUCAAGAGAGAGAGCGUGAUCUUCCAGAAAGCAGUCUACUGCUUUGUUCAUCUGAGCAUUCAGGAGUUUCUGGCUGCAGUCUACAUGUUCCACUGCUUCACCAGCAGGAACACACAGGUGGUGGAGAACUUCCUGGGAGAUAAAUACAGUGAAACAUCUCUGGAUGAGUUCCUGAAGAGAAUCAUGGAUAAAUCCCUCAGAAGUGAAAAUGGCCACCUGGACCUGUUUGCUCGCUUCCUUCAUGGCCUCUCUGUGGAGUCCAACCAGAGACUCUUAGGAGGCCUGCUGGGUCAGACAGAGAACAGUCCAGGAACCAUCCAGAGAGUCAUCACCAACCUGAAGGAGAUGAACACUGGUGAUGAAAUCUCUCCUGACAGAAGCAUCAACAUCUUCCACUGUCUGAUGGAGAUGAAGGACCUCUCAGUUUAUCAGGAGAUCCAACAGUUCCUGAAAUCAGAGAACAGAUCAGAGAAGCUCUCAGAGAUCCAGUGCUCAGCUCUGGCCUACAUGCUGCAGAUGUCAGAGGAGGUUCUGGAUGAGUUGGACCUGGAGAAGUACAACACAUCAGAAGCAGGACGACUGAGACUGGUUCCAGCUGUGAGGAACUGCAGAAAGGCUCGACUAGUGGGCUGUAGUCUCUCACCGACUGACUGUGAAGUUGUGGCCUCAGCAGUGAAGUCCAACCCCUCCCUGACUGACCUGGAAAUAGAUGAGAUCCAUGAAUAUAUGAGAACCUUUGGAGACUCUGAGAUGAAGCGUCUCUGUGAGAUCCUGGAGACUCCAUUCUGUAAAGUAAAGAAGCUGAGAUUGGGGUACUGCAGUUUGUCAGAGAUCAGCUGUAAACAUCUGGUCUCUGCCCUGAAGUCCAACCCGUCCCAUCUGACAGAACUGGACCUGAGCGUCAAAGACCUGAAAGAUUGUGGAGUGAAGGAGCUCUGUGGUUUCCUCCAGACUCCCCUCUGCAAACUACAGACACUGAGAUUGAGGAAGUGCAGUUUGUCAAAGAUCAGCUGUGAUCAUCUGGUAACGGCGCUGAAGUCCAACCCGUCCCAUCUGACAGAACUGGACCUGUUCAACAACAACCUGAAGAAGUCAGAUGUUCAGCAGCUGCAGGAUCUUGUAAAGAGUCCAGACUACAAACUAGAAACUCUGUAAGUAGAUGGUUGGAGUGAGUCCAGCUGCUGUCAG